AUCCGGUGGGUGGCGCUGGUAAACCCAUGGAAAUCAGGAGCGUGCAGUGCGUGACUCUCCUCUCUUGACUACAACGCCUCGACUCCUGUUCAGCCGACAGUAGCCACUCUUCCUUUCAGAGUAGGUACCCGUUUAGCAGCAAAAGCUUUUCCCGUUACCUACAAUUCCCCAUCCUUCCCUGGUUUUGUUUUCUUCCCCUAUUUGUCACAGUCAUGGCGGCGAGUGCGAAAAGAAAGCAGGAGGAGAAACACCUGAAGAUGCUGAGAGAAAUGACGAGUUUGCCUCCCAACAGAAAGUGCUUUGACUGCGAUCAGCGCGGCCCAACCUAUGCCAACAUGACGGUGGGGUCUUUCGUCUGCACCUCCUGCUCUGGCAUACUGCGAGGGCUGAACCCACCCCACAGAGUGAAGUCCAUCUCCAUGACGACCUUCACGCAACAGGAAAUCGAGUUCCUCCAGAAACACGGCAAUGAGUCAUGCAAACAGAUAUGGCUGGGGCUUUACGACGACAGAACUGCCUCCAUACCGGACUUCAGGGAACCCCAGAAAGUCAAGGAGUUCCUUCAGGAGAAAUACGAGAAGAAGAGAUGGUUUGUUCCCCCGGAGCAGGCCAAAGUGGUGGCUUCGGUCCACGCCUCCAUCUCCGGCUCGUCAGCCAGCAGCACCAGCAGCACCCCCGAGGUCCGACCCCUCAAAACACUGCUGGGGGAGUCGGCCCCCACCUUGCACCUCAACAAGCACACGCCCAGUCAAUCUCCGGUGGGGAGUCGUGCGGCCCAGGCCCUCCAGCUGAGCCAGCAGCAGCAGUUCCACGACAACAAGUUUGACCUCCUCAGUGACCUGGGCGGAGACAUCUUCGCCGCUCCGCCCCACUCGCAGACUGCAGCAGGGUCGGCAGCCAACUUUGCCAACUUUGCACAUUUCAACAGUCAGCCAGCUGCUCAGAACGCAAACGCAGACUUUGCUGACUUUGAUGCGUUUGGGAGCGCGGGUCCAUCGGGUGCUUUCCCCUCGGCACCCCAAGCCCCCUUCCAGACCUCACAUACAGCGUUCACGUCCCUCUCAUCCAGCCGCAGUGUGGGUGAGUUUGCCACCGCUGGCACUGCUCUACCUCACCCGGGUGCAGGUGCUCACAGAGGUAGUGUCCCGAGCGGGGUUCCGGGCUCUCUCCCCCCGGGGGUGUCGGCAGGACUGCGUCACCCCCAGAGUCAGCUGACGGGUACGUCGGCGGCAGACCGCUACGCCGCGCUGGCCGAGCUGGACACCGUGUUCGGCUCGUCGGCCCCCUCUACCAGCGUCUACAACACCGUCAGCACUUCACAAGGGGGGAUGUUUGGCCCUGUGACAGGAGUCUCGUCAGCCCAGGCACAGCAAUGCAUGUCCAGCAUGCCCCAGGGUUUUGGAGAUGUCUCCUCUUCCCUUCUGCCAGGUCUGUCAACAAACCCUUUUGCUGCUGCAGCGGUUGCCCCGGCGACAGCCACCACCAACCCCUUCCAGAGCAAUGGGAGAGCAGCGGCCGUGGCGGCAGCAGCCACGUUUGGCACAGGGUCCAUGAGCAUGCCAGCCGGAUUCGGGAACGCUGCUACCUACAACCUCCCCACCAGCUUCAGUGGGACCUUUCAACCUCCCUUCCCUGGCCAGGCCCCCUUCCCUCAGCCUCCGGCCUAUCCCCAGCAACCCAACGGAGUGGGGUUUUCAGCCUUUGGACAGGCCAAGGCUGUGGGUACCCCCUUUGGACAGGCGAUGGCUGUGGGGACCCCCUUUGGACAGGCGAUGGCUGUGGGGACCCCCUAUGGACAGGCGAUGGCUGCACCCGGGGCCUCUAGUAACCCCUUCUUGGCGGGCGCCCCUUCAGGACACUACCCCUCAGGAAGCUCUUCAACAAAUCCUUUCUUAUAGCGCUGCUCCACCCAAACUUCCACCACUAGGGUGUUGUCAACUGGCGUGCUCCGCUCACACCUCUUGCACUGUUUUGUUUUACAAGAUGCUUUAAAAAGACAAACACUGUUUCUAAAACUGGUAUUUUGUAUUAUGUUUUAAGAACAAUGAUAACAACAAAGUGACUUAACUGACACCGUCCAUGGCAACAAAAAUCAAAACAAGGUAAAGGUGUGUAGAGGGAGGGGUUGUUAGGGGCGGCAGGAAGCCUAGCGGUUAAGAGCGUUGGGCCAGUAACCGAAAGGUCGCUGAAUCGGUGAAAAAUCUGUCGAUGUGCCCUUGAGCAAGGCACUUAACCCUAAUUUCUCCUCCUGUAAGUUGCUCUGGGUAAGAGUGUAUGCUAAAUGACUUAAAUGUAAAUGUGUUAAAGGGACAGGGUCUCCUCUCGUCCUCUAUCUAACCUAUGAACUGGCCCGGACUCAGCUGAGGCAUAUGUAUAUUCAAACUGGCUGAUACUAAGUUAUUGCAAAAUAUUCCCAUUCAUUAUGCUGGAAUUUUGUAAAUAUUUUUUUCUUAGCGGAAAUUAGCUUUGUGCAUAUCAGUAUUUGUAUAUUUAACACAAGUUUAAGGGCAGAAAUGUUAUUUGGAAAAGCUGAGACGACUACUUUGAGUUGCUUUAUUUGUAAAGAGGAACCAAAAGCGGUAUGUGCAGCAUGAUAUCGGUAGGACUAUUUUUACAGAGAAAAAGAGGAGAACAUGCAUUUCAUCAUUUAUUACAGAAGAGGGGGAGGAGUCUCUCUCCUCUUCUGUGAUUGGCCCCAAGGGCAGAGGCUCCACCUGGAAGGGAAUUGGCUCUCAACUAUGCUCUGACCUGUCCUGCUGUCCAGGUGGUUUACCACAAUACAGACUGAAGACCACUGACUUUGGGUGUUAAAGAGAUUUAAGUUAAUGUGUGUAUAUAUAUAUAUUAAAAUGAAUUUUAACUAAAAA